GUUAUAGGACGUCCGUAAAUAAAUGUAGCGUUGAGUUGACCGAAUGCAGGGCUUCUUUCAAUCAAAGGAAUUCAUUGUUGUUCAUUCAUUAUUUAUUAACGGUGUGUUCAAGGGAUUAUUUUUGUUCACAACUACGGGUAUUAUUAGUGUUUAAUCGAAGUAAACAGACCGGUCUAUUCAAGACUACAAAAUGCAAGAGUACACCCAGUGACGUAUAUAUAUAUAUAUAUAUAUUUAGAUAAUUCGCACACGAGAUUAAACGUGGUUGAGAUUAGUGGUCGGAACAGGUACACAGUCGGUGGAUUAACAGUUUAGAAUUCCAAAGAUGAACGGGUCACCCACAAGGGGACGCCCCUAUCAAAAUGGCUAUCCUGCGAAUGAAAGUCCAACCAAGAUUGGUAGCUCUUACAGUAAUGGACAUGUUUCACCCACACAAAAUGGAUCACCGACAAAAUCUCCUGUUAGAUCUCGAUCGACGUCACCCAGCAAGCGAACAAGUCCUAUUCAGGUUGCCCCGGUAUCAGCUGUCGAUGAGGAACAACAGAAACCAGGAAUUUUACAAAGAUUCAGCAAUGCCAUCAUUAGCACGAUGGAAACAUUUUUCUACAAAUUAGGUAAAAGUAUUGGCACCCAUCCUAUUAAAUAUAUAAUAGUUUGUUUUGUGGUUACGGCCAUCUGUGGACUCUGUGUCGGAUUUCUGUUCACGGAAACGACUGAGACAAAUAAACUUUGGUCAGCCAGUGAUUCUGAGGUCAUCAAAAACUUGGAGCAGGUGGAACAAUGGUUUCCGAGCACCACGAGAUUUGCUACUUUGAUGGUCACAGAGAAUAAUAUUUUAACACCUCAAGUUUUACAGAAGAUGUUUACAUAUUAUAAUAAAUCAAUAAAUAUAGAAACCAGUGAUGGAUACAAAUUGAUGAAUGUAUGUGUCACAGCGGGACCAAACUGUCUGGUAAACAGUAUAUUAGAACUAUGGAGUUAUAAUGAAGCCACCAUAUUUGGUUUGUCACAACAGGAUAUCCUAGAUACCAUUAAUACUGUUACAGUUAGUCCAAUGUAUUUAAAUGCCUAUGAUGUAACAACAGCAUUAGCUGAGAUAAAGAGAAACAGUACAGGCAGUAUUAUAAAAUCAACCUCAACUAAAAUAACAUAUUUAUUACAAGGUUCCGAUUCGAUGAAAGACAAAUCGAUGGCGUGGGAAGCUAAAUUUAUAGAACUAUCCCAAAGUGAGAAAGGAUUAUCUUCAGUCUAUUUCUUUGCUACGAGAAGUUUUGGAGAUGAAGGUGGUGGUGCUAUAACAGGCGAUGUUUCUCUACUAUCAGCAGGAUAUUUUGUACUAAUUAUUUAUGUAGCUGUUGUACUGGGCAGAUUUAAUCAAGUAGAACAGGGUAUUUACCUGGCUUUGUCUGGUAUAUUAUGUGUUGGGAUGUCUAUUUGUGUAUCAUUCGGUUUAUCAUCGGCAUGUGGAUUAGAAUACGGUCCUCUACAUUCUAUUCUACCAUUUCUACUGUUAGGUAUUGGUGUAGACGACAUGUUUGUUAUAAUCGGAGCCUUAAACAAUUUAAACCCAGAUGAGAUAGAACUAGAAAUACCUGAAAAGAUUGGCCAUGUUUUAAAACAUGCCGGAUUAUCUGUGACCGUUACGUCAAUAACAGAUGUUGUCGCUUUUGGUAUUGGUGCCACUACGGUAUUGCCGGCAUUGAAAUCGUUCUGUGGAUUUGCUGCUAUUGGUAUACUGGGGUUAUUCUUCUUCCAGACUAUUUUCUUCACAGCUACUUUAGCCUUAGAUCAGCGACGACGAGGACAAGAUCGUAACGCUUGUUGUUGUUGCUAUGUACAUAAAGAUUACACGCCCAACAAAUGUAGUCAGAAGGAAAUCCUUAUUUUGUUCUUUAAAAAGUUCUACGCUCCCUUUAUUCUCAAGCUACCAGUCAAGAUUGUUUUAUUUAUUUUAACAUUGGCUAUAUUUGGUGUGAAUGUAUAUGGUGUGGUCAGUCUAAAACAAGAAUUUGAUUCUAAUUGGUUUCUACCUACCGAUUCAUACGCCUCGGAAUAUGUUGUUAAUUCUGAAAAGUAUUUUCCUGGUGAUGGAAAGGCUGGAUCUAUCUACUGCGGUAAUAUUGACUAUUUUGGAAGUAAAAGUAAAUUUGAUCAAAUGUACACCAACAUUAAAGAGAGUCAGUAUUAUUCUAAUGGUACCUUAGAUAGUUGGUUUAAGUCUAUGACAGAUUUCCUGCUUGUUACAUCAGAUGCUGCUUAUACGGCUAAAUUAGAUGCAAAUAAAUAUCCUGUAGAUGAACAGGCGUUUAUAGACCUGACACACAGAUAUGUUACAGUUGAUCAUAAACGAUAUGUUCGCUUGUUUUCAUUUGCUAACAGUUCAGGUGGAGAUAUUUUGGCGAGUCAGAUAACUUUCAAAUUUAAGAAUUUACCGGAUUCGAAGACAGAAAUAGCAGCAAUGGAUGCUUUCCGUAAAAUAGUCACAGAUGCUGGUUUUUCAGAACAGUGUUUUGUUUAUUCUAGAUCUUUCCUUAACUGGGAAACAAACAAGGUUAUCCAGACCGAGUUAUAUAGAAACUUGGGUUUAGCGUUUCUCUGUGUUUUCCUGGUAACGUUGGUAUUAAUAGCCAAUCUGUGGACGUGUCUAAUGGUCUCCUGCUGUAUCAUGUUUACUCUGGUAAAUGUCGGUGGUUCUAUGCAUUUCUGGGGUUUAACUAUAGAGACAGUUACUAGUAUACAGUUGAUUCUAGCUAUAGGUCUAGCUGUUGAUUAUUCAGCUCAUAUAGGUCAUACCUUUAUGACUAUUAAAGGUACCAGACAAGCCCGGGCUCUAGAAACUUUAAGUGAAAUGGGACCACCCGUGUUUAAUGGAGGGUUCAGUACCUUCCUUGCCUUUGUUCUACUUGGUGGCAGUAACAGCUACGUCUUUACCACAUUCUUUAAGGUAUUCUUCCUCGUUGUCUGGUAUGGAUUAUUUCACGGAUUAGUAUUUCUACCUAUCAUCCUGUCGUGGUUGGGACCCAGUCCCUACCUAUCAGCUGAUCACAUUUACCAUGAAAAGGUGCCGCCUUCCGGGGAUCAUGUCCCCCACCACAGUCAUACACACGAUAAUAAAAAUAUGAACGGUAUUAACAACAUGGCCAUGACAUCCAGUAGUAAACAAUUUCCUAAUAAUGGUUAUACAAAUAGAAAUGGAUACCCACCAAACUAUGAUGAUAUAGAAACAGUUUAUAUACCUCCACCAGAUUACACACCACCUACAACCAAGAAGGGGUUGCCUAGAGUUGCCUAUUGAUAUCAAUUACACACCGUCUACACCCAAGAGGGGGUUACCUAGAGUUGCCUAUUAAUAUCAAUAAUACACCGCCUACAACCAAGAGGGGGUUACCUAGAGUUGCCUAUUAAUAUUAAUUACACACCGCCUACAUUCAAGAGGGGGUUACCUGGGGUUGCCUAUUGAUAUCAAUUACACACCGCCUACAUCCUAGAGUUGCCUAUUGAUAUCAAUUACACACCGCUUUCAUCCAAAAGGGGGUUACCUAGGGUUGCCUAUUAGUACCAGUAUUAUUAAUGUUAGUUAUUUAUGACCAGUGAUGUUUAAUGAAUGGAUAUUAGAGACAAAGAUUUAUUACCUUAGGCUACAAUCUGAUUAUAAUACAGAUCUAUAUUUCGUUUCGGUUUUUUUAUACUUUCGAUGGCCUACACUACAUGAAGAUCUGACCCGUUAUAGUAAAAGGUCACGUCAGAGGUCGUACGAACGGUUUUUGACCCUAUGACGUCAGACAUUGAUUAAUCAAUCAGCGUUGACGUUUCUAGUGGUGUACCUACAGUUCCAUGCAUCGCACGCCAAGAAGUCGCCGUAACAGAGGGUUUCAUUGGCUAAUCCCUCACAGAACGCAGGUUAUAUAACACCUCUUCCAGAUCCUAGUGUAGUACAGACAAAACAAAACGAAUUUUGAACUAUAAAAAACGAAACGAAAUAGGAUCUGUGUUUUAAUCAGAUAGCUUCGGCUAAUGCUUAGGAAUUGUUGGACGUGCUCCCACAUCGGCCGGUCUCAAAAUAUAUUACUAUUUUUUAAUGGCCUCCACUCUAUGUAGAUCUGCUCUUUUUGUGUGGGAGGUCACAAUAUUGUCAAUGAUUUCUGCUCAUGCUCUCAAAGCUAGAAUUUGGUUACCCCCCCCCCCCCUCCAAAUUAAAAAUGUGGUUUAUUUGAAAGAAAAUAAGACAAAUUUAAAAUAGGAUCUGUGUUUUAAUCGGAUUAGUCAAUAAUCGUAUUAUGAUCACUGUUAUUUAUACCUUAUAUGUUUAGAAUCUUGAGGUCAACGCUAUGAUUGGCUCGUCCUAGAGGCCAAGCCAAAUUAAUUUUUAGUUCUUCGGUUAUUGAUCAACAAAUAAAUAUUCAUUUGAGUUUCACGAAGAAUGUAUUGUUUGAUAUUUAAAAACUUGAGAAAUUGGGGGCAAGACGAUUUACCCAAUAAUACUAACCAAAUACCACCACAUACAACCUAACUAUUGUGAAAACUGACAGAAUACUUCAAUUAUAUGAAGAAAAAAUUGAAUUGAUUCGCAAGAAUUAACAAAAAUUAUUGUGAAAACUAACAAAAUGCACCAGGUAUAUGAAGAAAAAAAAUUGAAUUAAUUCGCAGAAUUAGCAAAAAUUGUACCUUAAACUGAGAUGUCUAUUUAUAGUAUCAGUAGCUCAAGCGACUGACAGAUUUUAAGAACAGCAUUUUGGUAAAUGAUUUUAAAUUAGCUUUUGUCCGAAGAACAAAAAAUCGGAUUGGCGUGGCCUGAAUAUCUCUUAUCAUAUCUCAAGGAAGCUCGACAUUAUUUUGUUUCAUAUUUUAUAUAUUUUUGUAUAUUAAAUUAUUUUGUCCCGUU